GGCUUGCUUGCACUUUACUACCAUCAUGAUGCUUGGAGUUUGUCAGCAGUGGCUGCAUAAUUGUGUAUAGUAUCUGGACAACCACGAGACUGCUUACCAAAGCACUGGCCUGGGAUGACGAGGCAUAGGAAAACUACAUAAGGACAGCUGGUUGGAGAUAGACAGCAGCAGAUGGCAGCAACGUCGAGCAACAUCUGAGCCUAGUGAUUCGCCCUUCUCUCAACAAAGCAUGGCAGAUCCAAAAACAACAACCGUGCAGAUGGACGAUGGUGCAAAGCUGCACGUCAAGCUCUUUGGAGACGAUUCCAGCAAAACGAAGCCCCUCUUCAUCGGCCUUCAUGGAGCACCAGGGCUGGUUACUCACAGGGACGCAGAGGCUUUUGCCAGCCAACUGUCUUCCAUCUUUCGAGUUCUGGUGUUUGAUGGCCGCGGGAGUGGCGUUUCGGAUCUGAUCGGGCCUUAUACCCACGAUCGCUGGAUGAAGGAUAUUGAGAAUCUCAGGAAUUGGGCCGGAGCUGAGAAAUUUGUGCUGGGCGGCCAUUCCUACGGAGGGUUUCUGGCCUUGGACUACGCCAUCCAUCACAUUGACCGUCUCCAGGGGUUAAUCCUAAUAGAUACCUGGACGGUUGGGAUGCGAGGGGCCAUGACUGCUUUGGCAAAUGUCUUGCACUCGGAUAGAGUCAAGCCGGACAAGGAUCGCCAGAUUCGAAUGUGGUCGGGCAACCUCCUCAGUGACCAGGACUAUCAACACGGAAUCACGGAAGUCCUCUCCUUCUAUGCUCCGCCCGACGACGUGGCGAAGGAAACGACUGUGAGUGAAGGUGACCAGCCCAUAUCGGUUGCCGAGUUAUUUGGGCCCGGAGGACGAUUUCACAUUCAUGCCAAAACACAAAACUGGGCCUUUAGCCAAAAUAUGCCAAGGUUUGAUGUUCGACAGCAACUGAAGGACAUCACGGUUCCUACGCUCGUCACCGUCGGGCGACAUGACUACGUGACACCCCUGCACUUUGCGGAAGAGAUUGCCAGUGGCAUCCCAGAUUCGAGACUGGAAAUAUUCGAGCACUCAGGGCAUGCUCCUCAUUCAGAUGAACCUCAGAAGUUCAAUCGGAUUAUUCUAGAGUUCCUAAAGACUAGAGUCCUAUAA